AUGGAGGGGUCCAGACUAAUUCCCGGGGGAGAAAUCCAACCGACUGACGCUAGCAAUUUGUCGUUGAGCUCGGGAAGAGAUGAGGAUGAGAAAACGUUAGUUGGAGGGGGCAAGGGUGGUGGCUUUGGCGGCGGAUUUGGAGGAGGAGCCGGUGGUGGGUUUGGAGGAGGAGCUGGUGGUGGAUUUGGAGGAGGAGCUGGCGGUGGUGGUGGAGGUGGUGGAGGAGGAGGAGGUGGAGGAGGUGGUUUUGGUGGUGGAGGAGGUUUUGGUGGUGGACAUGGUGGAGGUGUCGGUGUCGGUGGUGGAGUUGGCGGUGGUAUUGGAGGUGGGGGUGGACACGGUGGAGGAGUUGGUGGUGGGUUUGGAAAAGGUGGAGGUAUCGGUGGAGGAAUCGGAAAGGGUGGAGGAAUUGGCGGUGGCAUCGGUAAAGGCGGUGGCAUUGGUGGUGGAAUCGGUAAAGGCGGUGGUAUUGGUGGUGGAAUAGGCAAAGGUGGAGGAGUUGGCGGUGGUAUCGGUAAAGGUGGAGGUAUUGGUGGCGGGAUCGGCAAAGGUGGAGGUAUUGGUGGUGGGAUCGGCAAAGGUGGAGGAGUUGGCGGUGGAAUUGGCAAAGGAGGAGGAGUUGGGGGUGGUUUCGGCAAAGGUGGAGGAGUUGGUGGUGGAAUUGGCAAAGGUGGAGGUAUCGGCGGAGGCAUUGGAAAAGGUGGUGGAAUUGGUGGUGGAAUAGGCAAAGGCGGUGGAAUUGGUGGAGGCAUUGGCAAAGGCGGAGGCAUUGGCAAAGGCGGAGGCAUUGGUGGCGGAAUUGGCAAAGGCGGAGGCAUUGGUGGUGGAGGUGGAUUUGGUAAGGGUGGAGGUAUCGGUGGAGGUAUUGGCAAAGGGGGAGGAAUUGGUGGUGGAGGUGGAUUUGGUAAAGGUGGAGGUAUCGGCGGAGGUAUUGGCAAAGGCGGAGGCAUUGGAGGCGGUAUUGGCAAAGGUGGAGGUAUUGGCGGAGGAGGUGGAUUUGGUAAGGGUGGAGGCAUUGGAGGCGGUAUUGGCAAAGGUGGAGGUAUUGGCGGAGGAGGUGGAUUUGGUAAGGGUGGAGGCAUUGGAGGCGGUAUUGGAAAAGGUGGUGGAAUUGGUGGCGGCAUUGGAGGUGGAGGAGGCUUUGGUGGAGGUGGUGGAAUCGGUGGUGGAAUAGGCAAAGGAGGAGGUUUUGGCGGAGGAGGUGGAUUUGGUAAGGGCGGAGGAUUUGGCGGUGGAGGCGGAGGUGGAGGCGGAGGAGGAGGCGGUGGAAUCGGACACCACUAAACAAAAAUAUACACAUGAAGAAGGUUGCAUUGCAUGUCUCACGUCACGUACAACAUGGUUUACAAGUUUGAGAGUGUUGUUGUUUCCAAAUAUAGUACUAGUUUUAAUCUUUAUGUACUUUGUCUCUAUUUGAAUUACGAGCUAUGAGUUUUGUUAGACGCACA